AUGAAUUUUAAAUCUACAUUAAUAACUGCUCUUUUAAGUGGUUCAAUUGCUUUUGCUGCUUCAAACUCUACAUCUACUAACAAUACGGUUCCAUCCUCUUGUAGCAUUGGUCCCAAAGCCACUGCAACUUCACAAGCUGACUUAGAUAAAUACUCCAGCUGUAAGACAUUGGUAGGUAAUUUGACCGUUACAGGUGAUCUGGGUUCUGCUGCCCUGGCUAAUGUAGAACAAUUAAAGGGUUCUUUAACUCUAAAUAAUGCUACCAAUUUGGUCAGUUUUUCUGCGGAUAAUUUAAAAACCAUCACAGGUUCUUUGACCAUGAGGGAUCUAACCAUUUUGACAACUGCCUCCUUUGGUUCUUUAGAAGAAGUUGACACCAUUAAUAUGAUCACUUUACCUGCUAUCUCUGAUUUUGCCACAAAUUUACAAAAUGCAAAUAACAUUUUAGUCUCCGACACUACAUUAGAAACUGUAGAUGGGUUUUCUACUUUGAAAAAAGUUAGUGUCUUAAAUAUUAACAAUAACAGAUACUUAACUUCCUUCAAUUCUGAUUUGAAAUUCGUCUCUGAUGCUUUAGAUUUUUCCUUCAAUGGUAACCAAGCCGCUGUAUCCUUCGAUAAUCUAGUCUGGGCCAAAAAUAUCACUUUAAGAGAUGUUCAAGCUGCUUCCUUCAAAUCCUUACAAUCUGUUAAUGCCUCUUUGGCCUUUAUCAAUAAUUCUAUAUCCAAUUUAACUUUAUCUAAAUUAGCUACUGUUGGUCAAACUUUUUCGAUCAGCUCCAAUGAAGAUUUAACUUCUUUACAUUGUUCUAAUUUGACCACUAUUGGUGGUGGUUUUGUUGUUGCUAAUAACACUAAAUUAAGAGUCAUAGAUGGUUUCAAGAAUGUAGCUACAGUAGGUGGCGCAGUCGUGAUUACUGGUAAUUUCACUGAAUUAGAUUUACCUAAAUUAAAGUCUGUCAGGGGUGACGCAACUUUUGAGACAACUUCUGGUAAUUUCUCAUGUAGCCCAUUCAAAAAUUUGCAAAAGAAGGGUGCCAUUCAGGGUGAUUCUUUUGUUUGUAAGAACGGUGCUAAAUCAUCUUCUUCAGUAGUAUCUUCCGUCACUUCCAGUGGCAAGAAAUCUUCAACUAUAUCAACAACCUCUACCAGUUCCUCUUCUAAAUCUACUUCUAGCACCAAAUCCUCCUCAUCUAGUUCGAAGUCAAAGGGUGCUGCUGCUCAAAAUAUUGUCGCUUUUAACUCCUUUUUUGGUAUCUUUAGCACUAUAAUCGCUGCUGUACUUUUAUAG